UAAUAACCGCCUUCAUCCCACUAAACCAAAAGAUGAAAGUUUUUAACUAACAUCAACUUUCUGACUCAUUUAGUUAGAGUCGAGCAGUAACCUACCGUAUAACCAUUUUUUUUAUGAGUGCGAAAAAUAAUGCGGACUUCACUAGUUGCUUUUUGUUUAGUGGUUGCGAGUGGCAAGUGUUUAGCUGAUUACUAUAAUACUGUUAAUUAUGUUUGCAAGGAAUUGCAUCGGCAGCAAAUUGUGGACGUUAAUCAGCUGGAAGGUACAUGGUACCUAAUAGAAAAAAUCCAGCACAACGACGAACGUCAUAUGAUAAUGAACUUAACCACUUGCCCUGUGAUGCACAUUUCGGAAGACAGAAGCAUCAUUUCGACCACUUAUAAUCCUCUAUUUAAAAGUUACGACACUACCUAUGGGGCUAAUUAUCCGCACGUUCCGAUGCCACAAAACGUUCAGAAUAAUAGGAACCCUACUGAUCCGAUGAGUACCUUCAAUAGUGAACAAGAUUAUGUGAAACAAACUGAGGAAUACGACAGACGCACAACUUACGAUUACGAUAGACGCAGAGUGCUUCAUUCUACCUACAUGAAACAACGAUACCCGAUCAAAAAUCUAAAACUUUACAUGAGCGACGGAUAUAGCAGCUUCGAACAUCAUCUACGUUACAACGUCACAAAUCCAGGAUUUUGGAUUAUAUCUGGUCCAGAGGAUGGUGUUCCAGAUAACCUCAAACACUUUGCCGGUACCAUUCAAGUACUGAAAGCCAUUGGAACGCACUUAGUCCUGACAACUUGUCAGUGGUCCAGAGAAACGAAAGAACGUUACACCAUGAUAUUAUCAAGAGAAAAUUAUUUGCCUAGAUUCGAUAUAAACAGCAUCCAUGCUAUGUUGCUCCAAGGCAUAUGGCACUUGAUCCAAAAAAUAAACCAUACAGACGAAGUUAAGUACAUAGACAAAGCACACACUUGCCCCGUAAUCCAUUUAUCCAAACAUGAUAGCGAAUUUAGAAUUGUCACUGAUAGCACUGAGAAAACUUAUCAGACAAGAUACGGAAAUCGGUAUUCUAGCAAUGGAAGACCUGUGGAUGCCACUAAUGAGGAGAAAGUGUAUAGUAAAAGUUACAGUAGAUUCACAACGCCCAACUACAAAAAACAACACGAAUCCCAUUCAGUUUACAUCAAACAUUUAUAUGAAAUCAAAUUUCUACGAAUGUACUGGGACGAAACAUUUCAUAGCACCGAAUAUCAUUUUAGCUACAGUACCAAUCGUCCAGGAUUUUGGGUAGCUUCCAGGAUAGACGAUGGCUUGAUUUCGGAAAACCUUUCUGGUACGGUGCAAGUAAUAAAAGCCGUCGGAGACCAUUUAGUGUUAACGUUUUGCUACAAUUUGCCAGAAGUUACACAAAUUUUUAGUCUGAUUUUGUCCAGAAAUGAACAUUUGAGUAACAGAGAAUUGCAGAAUAUUCAUUGGCAAUUGGCUAGAGAGGAUUUGUUAAAAUUAGAAAAAUUUGGGAUGGUGGCUCAAGGAUAUGCCAAUCUUGUAUUUUCCACUGUUAUCUCUGAAACGUUGCUCAAGAAAGAAAUUGUACCUGCACUAAGAAACUUACUUCGGAAAACUUUUACCAGAUUUGUUUUCAGCAAAACGGAACCGAUAAAAGGCAAAGUAUUGAAUCGCCUCAGUGUUCAGUGGAUAUAUUAG